AUGCCUCCCCGAACCUCGACUGGUAACGCAGCGGACUUCACCUUCGUCCCCGUUGAGCUAGAAGAUGGAUCCAAACCACGGAGGACUAAACAGGCGAGGUCUCACACCGCAAGGGUCAUAAGCCGGCGACUUCGGCAUCAAGACAUCAGAGCUCACAACGCGGCAUCGCAAGCCCGUCCUGGACAACCCGGGACCGAGAACGUUGCUGCACUUCCUGCCGAGACUCUGGCGACUCUGUCUGCUUCUUCCCGUGAUGCAGGAUGUCCGGUGAUCAGUCUCGCUGGAAAGACGCCAUCUCCGCGGCCCAUCUCGCCUGUAUUCGGUGGGAUGUCGAUUGAUGCGUUUCACGCUGGAACGUGCACAUCUGCAACUGAAGCUGCCAACUAUUGUCUCAACAUUGACUGGCCGAACUUACUGACCAAGGGCGAAGCAUCGGCUUGGUUUGAGAUGUUCUGCAAGCACCCGGUGAUCAUGCACGGCUUCUGCUAUGCCUCUGCGACUCAUCAGGAUAUUCUUCGAAACCAGGUCUCUCGCUCUUCCCAGAGAGACAUGCUAGCUCACAAGACUGAGACAUUUCGGUUGAUGGGUAAGCUUGUGGCAGAUGCGAAGGAUGAAGACAUCGAGAUCAUCAUCUUCGCUGUUAUGAUCAUGUGGCACUACGAUCUACAGGACCAUGAGAUCCGUGAUGCUGGCUCUUUGCCAUUUCGUCAACACAUGCCCAGCGCCAACUGGCUGCACGUGUAUGGUCGUACACAAGGUGUAGCGACUCACACACGACCCUUGAUGGUAUUGCUUGCUCGAGUGGGCGGUGUUCAAAGCCUGAAGCUUCCGGGCCUUGCAUUCGCUAUCUCAUGUGGUGACCUUAUCGCAGCCAGCAUUGCUUUCCGAAGCCCUGAGCUACCGCAGUAUUGGUCGGCGGCUCUAUCCGUCGAGGAUCUAUGCCUGAAACUUCAGAUUCCUACACCUCCUUGUCCUGGCCAUGGGUUUGUCCGUACCGCAGUGACCCUCUGGCCCGAGGAGACUUUCGACGUCUUGGCUGAUCUGGCUGGCAUAGAUCGAGUACUAGCAGAGGUGCGUACGCGAUCAUUGACUGCCGCGCAGAAGGAAGGCCUCAUCGACACUCGAAAUGCAAUCCAAUAUCGACUCCUUAGCCUAGCGUCGCUCUCAUCAUUCUGUCACGGUCCUCCUUGUAGCGCUCAAGUUGCCUACGAGUGCGGCCGAGUGGCGGCCACGCUCUACUCGAAUGCUGUCAUCUUUCCACUGCCACUCAACACCGGCUGGCACAGGAAUCUUUUGAAGCAGCUGCAUGUUCUCCUGUCUGAUCACGACUGGUUCGCCUAUCUUGCCAAUAGUCCGGAUUUUCUGAUCUGGUGUCUGGUCGUUGGCGGCAUCGCGUCGCUUGGCUCGACUCAGCGCGAGUGGUUCGUAGAGACGUUCCGUUCGAUCGUCAAGAAGAUUUGUAUCAAGGAGUGGGCGGAAGUUGAAGACAUGCUGAAAAGCUUCUUGUGGUCCGAAGAGGCGUGCGGACCCGGUGGUCUCGUCUUGUGGGAAGAGACCACAGGUCGUGUGACUGGACAUUGA